AGGCAGGCAGACAGACAUCUCCCAAAAUCUGAGCACGAGCAUCACCAUGAGAGCAUCAUCAGAUUCAAUCAAUCAAUCAAUCAACAGAAUGAGCAACAACCAGCCCUAAGUCAGUCCCUUUGCCACUGACCACGCCACAUCACACAACAUACAAUCAUAUGGUAUAUCCACAGUACAACACGAUACCCUAUCCUACACCAUCUCCCAAAGAGAGCAAAUGCCCAGGCGCGAGGGACAGACAUCGACCCGCAAGCCACGAUCACGUUUUCUUUCCCACGCGAUCCUCACAUGGCGCCUCUUUCCCAGAGCUUGUGUGUGUGUGGAGAGAGAGAGAGAGAGAGCCAGAGAGAAGAGGCUUCCCGUGCGCAUUACCCGCCGCCGGCGAAUUAGAAGGUCGAGUAGGGUCGCGAUGGGAUUAACCACGCCACAUCGUCUCGAGCCGCACGCAUUAAUUUCUUCCACGCUUUCUUUUUUCUAUUUUCUCCUAGAGGGACGAAAGUGUUGUUUACUAUUACCCCGGAUCGCUGCUCCAGUUGUGUGGGGAUAGAGUGUGGUGUGCAGUCGAUUUAGCCCGUCGAUAGAUCAUCGCGGGGGAGGAGUGCCAGGAGGAGAGAACCGUUUCCCCAUCCCAUCUCU